AUGGGGAGUGUGCACAAGGCCACCUUCGUUCUCCUCAUGUUCUGCUUGGCGGUGCUGGGGAGAGCAGAAUAUCUCAAGUACAAGGACCCGAAGCAGUCGAUUGGUGUUCGCGUCAAGGACCUGCUCGGCCGGAUGACUCUCGCGGAGAAGAUCGGCCAGAUGACGCAGAUCGAGAGAGAGAACGCCACGACGGGGGUGCUAUCCAAGUACUUCAUAGGUAGCGUGCUGAGUGGUGGAGGCAGCGUGCCUUCUUCCAAGGCAUCCGUUGCGGCUUGGCAGUCGAUGGUGAACGAAAUGCAGAAGGACGCCAUGUCCACCCGCCUGGGUAUUCCGAUUAUCUACGGUAUUGACGCUGUGCAUGGUCACAAUAACGUCUACUAA